UGCCGCUCCAUCAGAAUUUGAGAGAGUUAUUGUUUUUGCGUGAAGAACGUGGAGGAGCUCCAGAGAGAGGCCACGUCACCCUGCUCCAUCUCCUCAUCCUCAGAGCAUACUUCUCCCUCCUCACAUAGUGGUGAGGACUCGCUCGAGCUUCACAUGGUGCGGCUGGAACUGGAGGAUUUGGAGAAGCAGAUCCGCGGCCUACUCGAGAAGCAGGCCCAGCUGCUGGAGCGACAAACUGUGCUGGAAACAUCUUGUGCCUCUGCCCACAUAUCCAAGGUAAGCACACAGCGUGCUAUUUCCACUCCCAGGCCCUCUACGCCGUGUGUUUCUCUGUGCAGGGACCGUGCACCUAGGACUCUCCCAGCUGUGGUCUCCGUCACGCCGGCGCCAACACACCUCGGGCCUUGGGUGAACCAGCGGCGGAAGGCGUGGGCUGGACCCCAGGUGAGGAGCUCGCCACCUCCGGUGUUCGAGAUUCCGACCAGACCUAACGCUGUGAUCGUCGGGGACUCCAUUGUGCGGAACGUCCGUGUAGCCUCAUCUAAAGGUAAGGUGCACACACACUGUUUUUCUGGUGCUCGUGUCCUUGAUGUCGCUGCGCAGGUAUCCGGGAUCGAGCGCAUUGGAGCGGUUGUGCUGCACGCGGGGACGAACGACACCAGGCUGUGGCAGGCGGAGGUUCUGAAGAGGCACUUCUCCAGCCUGAUCGAGACGGUACGAGGCAGAUCACCCACCGCGAAGAUCAUCGUCUCUGGACCUCUUCCCACAUACAGACGUGGAGCAGAAAAGUUCAGUAGACUUCUAGCUUUAAAUGAUUGGUUAGUCUUUUGGUGUAAUGAGCAGAAUCUGGUGUUUGUCAAUAACUGGAAUCUGUUCUGGGAGCGUCCUAGGUUGUUUCAUCCUGAUGGCCUGCAGCCUCGGAGCGGAACUGCUGUCUGACAACAUCUCCAAGGCGCUACACUCCAAGUGACUGUCUACCCCAAAGCCUCCAAGAAAAUACAUCCUAAAGAGGUGUGUGUUGCCAACAGAGAAGAAGCGCUACGAUCGUCCAAACAAAAGUGAAUUGAAAAAAACAGAUCGUGUUGGAAGGUAAGCUUUUUGGACAAACGCCACCAAUAUGCUCAUGUCUGUAAGUGUUUUGACCAUAUAUUGGUCAUAUCUUUAAAAAGUCCUUUUCCUCUCACUCGGGUAUUUCUUCUACCAGAAGGAGUGGGGGAGGUUUCAUUUCCCUGGAGAGAAACGUAAAAAGCUACACUCAUCCACCCAGGUACCGUUACUCUUUUGUUUCUUAGAGUAUCAUGUGACUAAUACACUUGUUUUUUCAAUCUUCACGAAAAAUUUGCAUACUAGCCUCCGCCUGUAAGUUACAUCCAGAUGAUUCAUAUUUGUAUGAAGGAAUUUUUUUUUUA